GUUUUCUCGCACAACUUCACCCUCUUCCAUCAAUGGCUUCUAUUCUCUCGCAUUCCUCAACAUUCUUGGCAAUCUCCCAUAAAAGGUCAGAUUUCAAACCCUCAAACCACCAAUUAACCCUUUCAUUCCUCCAAAACAAUCAAUCCCACUUCAUUUCAAAACCACAUUUAAUAAAUAAAACCCCACCUCGUCCAGAGUUUCGCAUAAACCCUUGUUGUACAGCAACGAAAUCUUCAUCAACAACAAAUGGGUUUCUUGAAAAAGAUGAAUCUUUACCAUUGGUUGAAGACUCCCCUGUGAAGUUCCUGGUUUGGGUAUUUCUUUGGGCAUCUGUUUCUGUAGCUUUAUUUGCAUUUUCUCCUGGUGAUGCUAAAGCUCAACAAGCACAAGCUGCUGUGCAGUCCAUUAAAGCUUCGGGUUUUGGAGUGAAAUUUGCAAAUUUCUUGAGAGGUUCGGGUUGGCCCGAUGAAGCUGUGGUGUUUGCUUUGGCUACACUCCCGGUGAUUGAGCUCCGUGGUGCUAUUCCUGUUGGAUAUUGUUUACAACUCAAGCCUGUUAUUCUCACUGUGUUAUCUGUUCUUGGGAACAUGGUACCUGUGCCUUUCAUCAUACUCUACUUGAAACCACUAGCUACAUUCCUGGCUCGAACCAGCAAGCCAGCGGCUCGGUUCCUAGACCUACUGUUCGAAAAGGCAAAACAAAAAGCCGGACCCGUUGAGGAGUUCCAGUGGCUAGGUCUGAUGCUGUUCGUAGCAGUGCCAUUCCCGGGCACCGGUGCAUGGACCGGAGCUAUCAUAGCUUCAAUCCUCGAUAUCCCAUUUUGGUCAGCCGUUUCUGCAAAUUUUUUUGGGGUCGUGUUGGCAGGUCUUUUAGUUAACAUGCUGGUCAACAUCGGGCUCAAGUACGCCAUUGUUGCUUGCAUUGUAAUGUUCAUUGCAUCGGGGUUCAUGUGGAGCAUCCUUCGUGGUCUAAAACGUUAUCUAAGCCUUUAGUUGUAGUGAUGUAUUACUAAAUAAACUUGAUGCUAAUUUGAUUCUUUGAUUUCGAUUUA